AUGUGGGCCAAGUUGGAAGUCACUCGUGUGUUAAAUCUUAUCUUUGCUCAGCUUGACAUUACCACACCUUCUGAGUUAUUCAUCAAACAUACUCGAUAUGAUCUCUUCACCUCUGCAACCCUCAAGCAGAUGGGCUAUGAAAAACACGAUCUGGGUUGGUUCUUAAAAGGAGAUAGACCUCAAAGAGCACCAGUAGAUGUACCUCCUCCUCCGCCUCCAAUUCAAGACCAAGGACCUCCUGCUGAUACACCCUUAUGGUUCAUUCCCUUUCAUCAUAAAUUCUCCACCUUCAACAGAGACACGAGAUUAGGACUUCAAUCGCUUCGAGUGGAUGUAUCUUCACUUCAUACUACCUAUUCCUCACUUGAUCAGUACCUCACUCGUAUUGAGAAAUAUCAGGCUAACUUAUCCCGUGGUAUUGAUUCUAUGGACACUAGUUCUGCUUCGCGGAGUGAUGAUGAUGAAUCUGAGGAAGGCAGUGAGGAAGGUGAUGAAGAGGAAGGUGAAGAUGAGGAAAAAGAUGAAGAAGAAGUUGAAGAGGAAGAUGAUGAUGCUAAUAACUGA